CAAGAGGAAGAAGAAGAAGAUUUACCCAAGAGAGAGGCGUGACCCGAUAAACUUUACUCCAUAUCUUCUCUUCGUGAUCUCGUAUGACCUCGUGACCCUCAGUGGAGCUAGGUCAAUCCCUCAUCCACCUGUUGACUUCCGGGCAGCACAAUUGAGCCAUGCAGAACGUGAUAAAUACAGUAAAAGGGAAAGCUUUAGGGGUCGCUGAAUAUUUGACCCCAUAUUGAAGGUGUUCUAAAUUUAAGGAGACUGGAGUUCUGACCCCUGAGGAGUUUGUGGCGGCUGGUGACCACCUCGUUCACCACUGCCCGACCUGGUGCUGGGCUGAGGGGGAGGCAUCGCGGACCAAGCCAUACCUGCCUCCACAGAAACAGUUCCUUAUCACCAAGAACGUGCCCUGUUUCAAGAGGUGCAAGCAGAUAGAAUACCACCAGGAACAGGAGCUGGUGUUGGAAAGUGAAGGGGACCCAGAUGGUGGCUGGGUGGAUACACACCACUUCAGUGACUCUGCCUUACUUGAAGAAAAGGUUGCAGAUAUGGCCCUAGAGGACAAGAGGGAAGAGGAGAAGGAGGAGAGGAGGAGGGGGGCCAGUGCUGCUGAUGACGAUGAUGACGAGGAGGAUGAAGAGGAGGAGGAGGAGGCGGCUGACAUGGAGGCCUUCGAAGAGUCUGGAAUGCUGGAACAAGAGGAUCUGGUUCCAUCUGUCACCACCACCACCACCACCACUGCCGCCGCUGCUGCUGUGGGGGGUGGGGUGGGGGUGGGUGAUGGGGGGGAGAUCCUGCAGACCCGUACAUACGAUUUGCACAUCACCUACGACAAGUAUUACCAAACGCCCAGACUGUGGCUCACUGGCUAUGACGAGAGCCGCCAGCCGCUAAGUGUAGAGGAAAUGUAUGAAGAUUUUAGCCAAGAUCACGCCAACAAGACUGUCACCAUGGAAACGCACUCAAAUCUCUCGGGACCCCCUAUGGCUUCAGUACAUCCUUGCAGACACGCAGAGACGAUGAAGAAGAUUUGUGAGACAGUCCUGGAGGGCGGUGGUGAGCUGGGAGUCCAUCUAUACCUGAUCGUGUUCCUCAAAUUCAUGCAAGCUAUUAUACCAACUAUUGAAUAUGACUUUACUCAUAACUUCACCUUGUAGUGUGUCUGUGUGUGUGUGUGUGUGUGUGUGUGUGGGACAGGGAGAGGGAGAGAGGGUGAAGGAGGGAGAGUGUGUGUGUGUGUGUGUGUGGUUUGUGUGUGUUGUAGAGAAAGAGUGUGUGUUUGUG